AACUGAUGGCGAGAUCGCGCAUCCCUCAGAUGCAGAGGCAUGGAAACAUUUUCAGAGAAUUUAUCCAAGUUUUGCAGAAGAAAGUAGGAAUGUCUACCUUGGACUAUGUACAGAUGGUUUCAACCCAUUUGGGAAACAUGGACGCCAAUAUUCUUUAUGGCCAGUGAUUCUCACACCUUACAAUUUGCCUCCGUCUUUGUGCAUGAAGAGAGAGUUUCUAUUUCUGUCUAUCCUUGUUCCUGGUCCAGAACACCCAAAGAGAUCUCUUGAUGUCUUCUUACAACAUUUGAUUCAUGAGCUACAAGUUCUAUGGGAGCACGGAGUUCAAGCCUAUGAUGUAUCAUGGCAGCAAAAUUUUACGAUGCGUGCAGUGCUUAUGUGGACUAUUAGCGAUUUUCCAGCUUACGGAAUGUUAUCUGGAUGGACAACGCAUGGGCGAUUAUCAUGCCCAUACUGUCAGGAUAAUACAGAUGCAUUUCAGUUAAAACAUGGAAGAAAGACCUGUUGGUUUGAUUGUCAUAGACGUUUCCUACCACGGUCGAAUCCUUAUCGCCGUAACAAAAAAGUUUUAAGAAAAAACAUGUAGUUUAUGAUGGUCCCCCACCUGAGUUAGAUGGGGAAAAUCUAUUGAUGCAGCUUAGGGAUUUUGGCGCAGAGAAGACGACAUAUUGCGGGGGUAGUGUGCAUAAUCCAGUAGACGGGUAUGGAAAAUUUCAUAAUUGGCACAAACAUAGUAUCUUCUGGGUGUUUCCUUAUUGGAAAAAAUCUCUUGUUGAGACACAAUCUAGAUGUCAUGCACAUUGAGAAGAAUGUGUUCGAUAACUUGAUGAAUACAGUUUUAAAUGUCCCGGGGAAGACAAAAGACAAUAUCGAAUCGAGAUUAGACUUGCCUUCAAUAUGCAAUCGGCCUCAUUUACAUGUCUUAUCAAGUGGAAGAGGUCCAAUCCCUAGAUUCAUAUUAGAUGGAGAUGCUAAGGAUGCAUUAUUUAGGUGGAUUGUCCAAAAGGUUAAGUUCCCUGACGGAUACGCUUCCAACUUACGAAACUAUGUUGAUAACCAAGAAGGUCGAUUAUCAGGGAUGAAAAGUCAUGAUUGUCAUGUGUUUAUGCAACGAUUACUACCAUUUGCAUUUGUAAAUCUCCUCCCAAAAAACGAACAUGAAGCUAUUGCAGGUAUUAGUGCUUUUUUCAAAGACCUAUGUACAAGAUCACUAACGCCAGCUGGUAUCAGGCAAUUAGCUAACAACAUACCAGUACUAAUAUGUAAUCUUGAAAAUAUAUUUCCACCCUCUUUUUCGAUGUGA